UCUUUUUCUUUUGCAUGAAAGGAUUGUAUGUUAAGACUGGCCUAUAAACACUUUUGUUUUAGUUAAAUGGUUAACUCUUCAACUCAGCUCUAACUUUUAUAGUUAUAUGUUAAACUUCACUAUCAGUUACUGAGUUUGGUUUUUGUCCGUGUGUUGUUUUAGAUAUUGGGAUUUGUUAUUGUGCUAAAUAAGGUUCUUACCAUAUGCUUAUUAAAUCUCACCUGCCUUGACUUUCUGCAUGUAUUUUUGUCAAAUAGAUGUGUAAACUGAUGCUUUAUUUGUUUUGGGUAUCAUAACUGUUUUCAAGUUUCUUGCUAGUACUAUUCAAAUUUAUGGUAGUUUUAGUUUUAUGUUGUUACCACUCUUCAAAACUAGCCUCUGAUAAAUGUAUUCUAGGAGAUUAUUUAUAAUUGCUGCUCUUUUGGUAAAAAACUUUUUCUUUUUAAUGAGAGUAUUUAUUUACCAAUUAGUUGCUAAGUUAAGAGGAAGGGUUAUGGGUUUGAUUUGUCAUCAUCAUUAAGUAAUUUCUUUCUUCAUAGGUUUGUGUAUUUGGACUAUGUUUGGUACUUGAAAGAAAUUGCAAUUGCCUAAGAAAGGAAUUAUUUAAUUGGCAUUUUCUUCUCCUUAGUAUCACUUGCAAACAAGGGAAGUACCUUUAAAAUGCUUAUCAAAAAAUGUUUAAAUUCUUUUCAAACAGCUAAUCUUUGGUUGAACUUUCGCCAUACUAGCACAUCCUGAGCAAUUUUCUUCUCUGCCCUGGUGUCAACUUCUGUUUGCUCUAGAUUUUUCAUUCUCAAUCACCGGGACUGUGACACUCUUUUUCUGAAACUGCUACUAUUAGUCAUCGGCAUCAUGUUCAUUGUGCUGGCUGGUAAAAUCUACAAGUGCCAUGGCGGCAUAACGAUUUCUGCUACCUCUUAGAGAUCUUGAUUUUCCUCACAUCAUUAUAAGUACCAAUUUAGAUAACAUAUUGUUCAAAUUAUUCUGCUGAGAUUAUAUAGGCACAUCUCAAUGUUACUCUUCUCUGAAGUCCUUGUCCAACAAGUUCAGAGGCAUGCUAUGCCAUUGUGGUUCAGAUAAUAAGUACAAUAGGUUGGAUGAAAAGCUUGAAAAGAAAAUGAUUGAGGUUAAGAGAAGUUCAUCUGGACAGAGCAAUUUCAAAUCGGUUGACAGCAUAAUUUUGAGGUUCCCUCAGUUCAAAGCCGGAUUGAAAAACAUCAAAGGUGUAUUUGAACACCAUGAUGAGGACUCUAAUGGGAUUAUUGAUCGUGAGGAACUUAAAAAAUGCUUAGAGAAAUUGCAACUCUCUCUAAAGGAGCAAGAGAUUGAUGAACUAUUCGAUUUUUGUGACAUUGAUGGGAGUGAAGGAAUACAAUUCAAUGAGUUCAUUGUUCUCUUGUGUCUCAUUUAUCUCCUAGUAAUACCCUCCUCGUCUCCUGAUAUGAUUGAAAAGGUGGGUUCACCAGAGCUCAAGGCCACUUUUGAUACGAUAGUUGACGCAUUCUUGUUUCUCGACAAGAAUGGCGACGGAAAGCUGAAUAAGAAAGACAUGCUAAAGUCUUUGAAUGAGUCUUAUCCCCGGGAGAAAUCGCCAGCACAUGUCACCAAGAAUCGAUUCAAGGAAAUGGACUGGGACAAAAAUGGGAAGGUCAGCUUCAGAGAAUUUCUCUUUUCUUUGAUCCGUUGGGUAGGGAUUGAUACGGAUGAAGAAAUUACUGAAAGUAAUGAGAUUGGGACGAAUGAAGAAAUAACUGACAGAGAGUAAAAGCAAGCGCACCAACAUAUAAACAAACGGAGUAAUAGUUCGAAAUGAGUUCAAGGUAAUACAUUUGUAUGUACAUAUAUAUCUAAAACACCUCAAGAAUGUUAUUCGAAACUGUUUUUGUUGUGCCUUGUUUAUGUAAUUUAUAGUUGCUUUUCAAACUGCAGAGAUGUGAACCAUUCAAUAAAAUUUAACUCAGUUUAGUAGUGAUUAGAUUUUUCUUCUUCCAGCAUCUGUUCUUCCAGUUCUCUCUAAACUGUGGUGGAAAAGUUUUGUAUGAGAGGUUUUACAUGUUUCCUAUUCUUCUAAUUCACGUGCCCUUUAAAUAUUGGAGGCUUAUGAAUUCAUUGUGAAAUUAUGUAGCAGUUGACAAAGGAUGAAAUACAGACAAAGUAGAGUAUAAAUGGCCUCUUGUCUCUGUCUGGAGAACAUUCUUUACACACGUUGUUCAACUGUUGAAUGAAGAUUUCAAUCAGAACUAAAUUACAAGCUUUGUGCUUGAACUUUGAAGUUA